CCGCCCCGCCCGCUUGCGUCCGAGGGACACUCUCCCGCGGCUGCGCCAGCCGCACCGCCCAGGAGACAAAGCGCCGCUGUGGCCGUCGCUGCCACGGAGCGGGUCUGGGCCAUGGCCGGCCGCCUCCCGGCCCCGCUCAUCCUGUCCCGCCACCGCCCUAGGCCUGCGCAGCGAGGUACCUGAGCAUCAACUACCUGUCAGGGACUGGAAUUCGGACAAAAAAAUCCCUGUCCUCCUGGAGCAGGCAAAAAUGACCCAGAUUCAGAAACAAAGGCCCAAGGAGGCUAACAGCUUGCCUGGGGUCACCCAGCCUGGAUACUGCAGAGCUGACGUGUGAACCGAGUGACCUGUGACUAGCUGACCAGAAGGCGGGGCGGCAAGCAGUGGCCUAAGAGGGUCCCACUGAGUUGCCUGGGCUUUGAACUCUGGAGCCUCCCAAGCCGCUGGGAUUACAGGCGCCCGGCUGCAGUGUUAACCUUCGAUCUGUUGGUUAAUUAUUCAUCUCCUUCCACCAGCAUGUUGGUACCACAAGGGCAGGGACCCUGUCAAUCUUGUUUAUUGUUGUGGCCCUGGUGCACAAAAGGUGCUUAAUAUUUGAUGGACAAAGUAAGUCCCUGCAACACUGUCCAGGGUGGUGGAAACAGCCUGGCCUGAAAUGAAACCUGGGUUUGACUUUCAGCUCUGCCCAGUUUGCCUUGUGACUUUGGGGGAGUGACUAAAUUCUGUGCCUCUUUCCUCAUCUGUCAAAUGGGAGUACAGCCAGUCCCCACCACCCAAGGUUUGCUGUGUGAUUAAAUAGUGAGUAUGUUAAGUGGCACACGUAGGACAUUUGGGGACGCAGAGCGACAGGAGGCCAGGAGGCUGGCUGCGGGACUGUGAGACCCAGGCAGAGUCCCGCCUGCUCCAGGGAGUGUGCAAGCUCAGGCGGCCGCGUCCACUCUGAGCCUCAGUUUCCUCACCUGUGGCAUGGCCGGGUUGGUGCGGAGAGAGGGGCCGUGAGGCGCUGGGACGGCGAAUAACCGGCCGUCCUGGUGCGGGACAGCCCGCGCUGCCCCCAGGCCUGGCCGGCCACCAUGAAGCUGAACGAGCGCAGCCUGGCCUUCUACGCCACGUGCGACGCGCCGGUGGACAACGCGGGCUUCCUCUACAAGAAGGGCGGGCGCCACGCGGCCUACCACCGCCGCUGGUUCGUGCUGCGCGGCAACAUGCUCUUCUACUUCGAGGAGCCGGGCAGCCGCGAGCCUGUGGGCGUCAUCAUCCUGGAGGGCUGCACGGUGGAGCUGGUGGAGGCCGCUGAGGAGUUCGCCUUUGCCGUGCGCUUCGCGGGCGCGCGGGCGCGCACCUACGUGCUGGCGGCCGAGAGUCAGGCGGCCAUGGAGGGCUGGGUGAAGGCGCUGUCGCGGGCCAGCUUCGACUACCUGCGGCUCGUGGUGCGCGAGCUGGAGCAGCAGCUGGCGGCCAUGCGCGCGGCGGGCGGCGCGGCCCCGCCCCGCAGGCCCAGCGCGCUCCCGCCGCGGGAGAACGGCUGCGCCUGCGCCGUGUGGAGCGCCGAGACCCCCGCCGCCCCCACCGCGCGGCCGGGCCCGGAGCGGCCCACGCUGCCUCCGCGCCGCCGGGCCUCGGCUCCGCACGGUCCCCUGGACUCGGCCCCCUUCAUCCGGCUGCACGAGUGGUACGGGCAGGAGGUGAGGGCGCUGCGCAACCAGUGGCUCAGCAGCAGGGCCCGGCCCUGAAGUCACGGACCCAAAUCCCAGCCGAGCUAGAGACGCCGGGCCUGUCCCGGGGACCUUAAGACUGUGCCCCACCGCCCGUCCUGUCGCUAAAAGGAGCCAGGUCCUGGGGCUGCCCUAGGGGUCUGAGGGGUUGGCUCUUGCGGGCAACUGGCCUCCCGGCUCGGCCGGACACGUGGCUCUGUCCCCAGGGCGCCUUCCCGGGCGGAGAGAGGGCUCGGGCGCAGCGCCACUCAUGGCUGGACCUUUUGCUGUAGCACCUGCCAGAGAAGCUGCCCUGCCCGGGCCAUCCGCCGCCUCCAGAAGCGGCAGGUGCGGGUUUUAGUGCGAGACCUUAGGGUGAGCUCAUCUGGUCCCAGGCUCCUGGAGGCCAUGCUCCUUGCGGGCAGCAGCCUCGGGCCCCCUCAUGCUGUCCUUGACUGCGUUCCUCAGUCACCUCCCCAGCCAGCUCUUUCCCCAGGCCUGGGUGGGACCUCUCUGCUGGCUGCCUGACCUCUAGCCCUGGGCUGGGCAGCUCUUUCCAGUAGGUUCCUGGGGGGAGGGGCACUUCACUGCUGACUCACACGGCAAGGGCCAGGUACUGACCCCGUGGGCAACAGCAGCUGCAGAGCUGUGCUUGGCCUCCAGCCCCUGUAUCCCCGAUUUCCCAGGACUCCUGUGCUUAGAGGCCAGCUGCUGACUGGCUUUCCUUCUCACUCACCACAGUGCCCAUUCUUCAUCCAGGAAGAACCCUGGGGCCGGGACACCCCUGGCUCCACCUGGGUCAUGUUUACAGUCCUCAGCUUCCUGCACCAGGGAGCCCUGAGGACACCUCACCUCCACCUUUAUUCCCCGAAGGCUGCUCCUUGGUGACCUACAGACUCAGCCCCUACUCCUUCCUCUUCUGUCUUUGGAGAGCCUGGGGCUGGGGAAAUAUUGGGAGGGGUCUGCAAUCAAGGCCUCCCCAGCUCCCUGCUGGCUCAGUGGGCUGGGGCUUGUCUGGGGCUGUGAAUUUUAUUUUUAAAUAUUUAGGAUGUUCUUUUUUGUUUGUUUUUCUGGCAAUGGAACUUGGUGUUUGCACUGCUUUUGUUCCUGUUGGGUGGCAGGAAGAAAGCCACUUCAGCUUGGGUGGCACAGCCCCCAGGGAGGGGUGGCCUCAGCUGCAGAGGCACAGUUGGCUCUGAGAUGCCAAGGUGCUUGGACAGGGGAUCUCAUCUGUCCUUUGCCUUCUCUCUGGCAAGCCCUGCUGUCCCCUGGCCACGUGCCUCUGGAGUCUUGGUACAAUCCCUCAUUCCUCUCCGAGUACUGAGCAGUAUGGGUGAUGGUGGCUCCUGUCCACAGGCUCUGGGGCUCAGGAAGACCUGGCCAGGCCCAGCUGGUGGGUGCAAGUUUACAAAUUCUAAAGGUACAGUGACCCCAGUCUCCUGGGGGCAAGGGAUGCUCCCCUCCUCCCAAAGCACACCAUGCAGUCCAGCUGCCUCCAGGGUUGAAUUUGGGGAGAAAUGUGAGCCUGGGAGGGAGAUAUAAGGGCUCAAAUAAAGAAGUCUGUCGAAGA